UACAUAUGUCUCGUUCCGAAGUGAAGUUGCGUCCGAUAGAAAAUUCGAAAUAGUGUGCAAAUCCUCAAUACCCCGUGAAUUUCACGAUCAGCAUUGCGCGCUUUGCAGUGUUUGCAAAGUACUAAAUUUUAAAUAUGGAAGAUCCAGACGAAAACGAUUCACAGAGGGAAAUUGUACUGAAAAUUGAGAAUACAGCUGAUUCUGAUUCUGAAUAUUAUGAAUAUAUAGAAGAAGCCAAUAUUAUCAGUGAGGAUCGUACGGUUCAAGUAGAUUACAUAGAGGUACUCGAUCGCAAUGAGGUUACAGUAUACAAUUGCAACUCAUGUGACAUGACUUUUCAAUCUGUUGAAGACCAUAUCCGGGAUUAUCACAAAGACGAUGAAGUUCAAAUCGAAUUCGCUGAAGAAAUGUACAACCCAGCAAUGAUUUAUGGGUUUAAGGAAAUUAUUGUUGAGGAACAAGCAAACUUGUCAUUUUGUUUUAAAUGUGAUAUAUGCAACACUGAAUUGAAAAGUGCAAGGAGUCUUAAACUUCACAUGAAAAUGCAUGAGGGAAAAACAUUGGCCAAAACUGUCGAACGUAAAAAUCAUUGCCAUGAUUGUAAUCGAGUUUUCUCGAGCGAGGAACACUUGCGGCUUCACCUUGACGCCCAUGAUAACGAAAAUCACCAGAAAAAAUCAGUGAUCGAUAGUGUCCCGGAACACAUAGGGAAUGGUUAUCCAUGCAGCUUUUGUGGGAAGGAGUUCAAGCGGCCACACGAAAAAGUCAAACACGAGCGAAUACAUACAGGAGAACGACCAUAUUCAUGUCAGAUUUGUGACAAACGAUUCAGAGUUUCCAGCUGUUUGGCUAUCCAUCGAAGAACACAUGAAUCCAUUCGGCCUUUUGUUUGUCCACAUUGCAAAAAGAGAUUCAAAGUACAAUCGGCGUACAACCAUCACCUCAAAACGCACUCAACGGAGCGCCAAUACAAGUGCCCAUUUUGUCCGAAAGCGUUCAAAACCGCGGUACAGCUGGGUGGCCACAAGAAAAGUCACACAAAACCGUUUUCAUGCUCGGAAUGCAAUCGUCCGUUCGGUUCUUUGUAUGCAGUUCGUAAGCAUAUGCAAGUGCACCAGCGGGUGGACAAUAAGCUAAGUUACAGCUGCGACAUGUGCGGUGCGAACUAUGCGCGAAUAUCGGCCCUACGAGAUCACCAAAAGGAUCAGCAUCAGGUAGACGGGAAGUCCGAAAUGGAAGUCAGCGGUAGCGGCACAAUGAUGGAGCAGAAGGUAGAAGCGGAAGAGAUAAUCGAGGAGGAAGAUUUGGUGUUUUAAUCAAAUCUAGAAUGUGUAUUAUACUAAUUCUUUCCGAUAAUGAAAGACAGAUGGAAUUUUCUACGUUUAUUUUACCUCAUUGAAAUAUUUGUUUUUCUAUUAACUGUUAUUUUUUCAUUACACGAGCAGUAAUUCAAUAAAACAUGGCUUACGCGGUAAGAGCUAUUGUAUAAUUGUCUCAUAAUCGAUAUAAUUGUGUUAUCACAUUUCACUAGUAACGGAAAACUGCGAUAACAAUAACUGCUUAAUGAAGUCAUAACAGUGUAUACUUGCUCUGUACAGAUCUAAUCCUGAUUGAUGAUUAUUUUUCUCACGAUGAUUGACAAUAUUAACUAAUAAGGAACUGAUGUUCCGCUAGAAUUAGAUAUACCAUGUAAAAUUAUUGGAGUGUUUAUAAUUUAAAUAAAUAGAAAUAUACACAUGCAGCCGCCUUAGAUUUUGUAAAAAAAACUAACGCCAAUAAUAAUUGGAAUGUAUUUGCCGAGUUCUUCUACUUGUGACUAUAUACUUAAUACGUAAAACACUCAGCUUGCAGUAAUUCCUAAAUAAUAUUAAAUUUCUGAUGAUUUGCUUUUUUCCCGGUGAUAAGUCAAUUUCCUAUUUCAAUAUUUGAUAGAUCUGUGAUCGUGAAUUUCCAUUUCCAUAUUUAUAUCAGUAAUGAUAAACUUUUUCAUUGUGUGUGUGUGUGUGUUGGUUUGUGGAUAGACAUUGUUCGGAACAAAAAAUACUUAGAGUUCGCUGUUUAUUGAUUAUUGGGUCUAGCUGGCAAUGGAGGAGCUCCACCACUUCGAUUUGGUAUCGGAGGAGGUGCGCCACGUCUCACGGGCAGCGGAGGCGGAUUGGUCUUCGGUACCAUGGGUGUCAUUUGAGAUGGCAUGCCGCUGGCGGCAGGCAUAGAACAUUGCGGUGAUCCAGCACCAGAGCUGCUCGAAGUGCCAGGAGGAGAUGAUUUGUUGGUUUUGUUGCUGCUUAUCACGUCUAGAUCGUACACAUCACAACGAGGAGGAGGUGGCGGUGGUCCUCGUGGCUCGGGGAUGGCCUGAAAAAAAAAAUCAAUUAUAUGUUUCCGGUCAUCAAUAGAAUCACAAUAAUUAAUUGGUGUAGUUAUUGAUUGUAAAAUUAAAAAAAGAUAAGGGUUUACCCUAAUUCCCCUACAACAAUACAAUACUUCGGUUAGAAAUUCUAAGGUCCUUUCCGAAAUUUGUAAGUGAGUGAUAGGAUCUUGACCUUUUGUUUUGGUCAUUGCUUUCGCAUUAUCUGACUACUGAUGUACACGAUAGUUUAGAUAUGAUGAUAGAUGGACAGUCUGAUGAUUUUUGUAUUUAUAAAACAUAGUUUUCAUUCUUUUAUAUUAUUUUUUUCGUGUUUGCGUCUCAUUUUUAAUCCUUCGAUGCAUUAUUCGCGAUUUCUGUUAUCCGUGAUAAUCUUGCCGGACUAUUUCGAGGAUAAUCGGGAUUUUCACUACGGUUCUGUUCCUCAACCAAACCAGAUGCAUAUUAAUUUUACACUGCAAAAGGUUAUGGGCCCAGAAGAACUGGUCCGAGAAUAAAUGAGAAGCUCAAAAUGAAAGGGAUGUAAGUGACAUCAUCGAUUUCUAUACAUCGACUCUCUCUUUUGGUCAUAACUUAACUGCAAAUACAUUCCCAGCUGUAUUUGACAAUGUGGAAGAUAAGUCAAAAACUCAUCUAUCGGAUUCUAUAGCAAACUCCAAUUGAAACGGGUUUGCAGUUGAGUUAUUAACUAAAGAAGAUCGAUCAUAUCACUUACACCCCUUUCCUUCUGAGCCCCUCAAAAUAAAUCAAGUUUGGGAGAAUAAUGAGCCUUAAUCCCUUAUACAUUUCACGGUGAAACGGUAUACGGUAUAUACAGGGUGGUCACUCAAUUUGAAUUUUGGAAUUCCCGCAUGAUUCUGCGAAAUUCACGACUCUCAGAAAUGGAAAUUUAAAGAUAUUGUGUCGUUAGUUAAAAACUGAUUUUUGAAUCCCGAAUUGCGAAGAUAUGUUUACUUGUUUUGUCCCACAUGUGACAAAAAAUGGUCUGAACAAUAGGGAAUGCCAGGUGAUUUUUUCAAAUGUCUCCACAUGGUACGAAAAAAAUGUCUUCAAAUGUCUUCACAUCUGAAAUUCAUAAAUUACUUUUGAACAAAGUUGGAUAGUUAAUUCAAUGUUUUUACUAAUUGGUAUUGUUAUAUAGCACAUUUCAUUAAACUUACCUUGAGAUUUUGCAGUCUAUUUGAAUAACAAAGAACAAAUAAUAUAUUGGCUUCAUAAACCGUUGAUUGAGUAAAUAUAGCUCCAGUUCUUCGACAAAAACGGAACUAUGAUACCUUUGUUUAUUUCAUCUUUGAAGGAUAUGGUUUAAGUAAACCAUAUCCAUAAAACUAAUUAUUGAAACGGCAUGUAACCGAUUUUUUUUUCGAUUUGUGAAGCGGUCGUUUGAAAGAUUCCCUUCCCAGAGAAAUAUCACAAUCAUUCGAACUCUAGAGAGCAAAUGAACUAAUUUCCACUUGAAGUUCUCCAGAAUUUGAAGUAAAAUUCACUAUGUUGCUCAAUUCAACAUGUCGCGAAAUCGAUCAAAACAUACUUGUAAACGCUGAAAUGGGAGGUCCUACCCCACCUGCCGUAUUCUCCAGACAUUGCUCCGUCCGAUUACUACAUUUUUCGAUCGAUGCAACAUGGCCUAGUUGACCAGCACUUCUCCAAUUUUGAUGAAGUCAAAAAUUGGAUCGAUUCGUGGUUAGCCGACAAACCGGCCGAUUAUUUCCGCAAAAAGGACCCAUGAAUUGCCAGAGAAAGAUGGGAAAAAGUUGUGACUAGCGAUGGGCAAUACUUUGAAUAUUAAAUUUGUAACCAUUUUUGCAGAAUAAGGCAUUAAUUUUUGAAAAAAAAAACAACCCGUGCUUAAUUAUUUCAUUGACAUAUGAGACGAGAUGAAGUAAAUAACACGAAGUAAGCAACACUUUUUAAUGACCCUGAAUCUGACUCCAUUUUUACUCCAAGGCCUCAAAUAUAAGCACAUGUUAAGACCCGUAUCUACAUUUCAACUAUCAACUACAGUAAUCAUUCGAUAACUGAACUUGGUUUAACUGGACCGCUCUUUAACUGAGCGAACGUUAACUGGGCUUUGGCCAAUUCAAAAGCAGAAUUACGUAAACAAUUGACGCCAUAUUCAAUUUGAAAAUUUGCUACGCGGGACAUUCGAAUGUAAUUUGAGAUGUUAUAAAAAGUGAAAUUAUUUUCGCGUGACAAAAACAUUGAUUAGAUUACAGAAAAAUAUUUUCCCCAAAUUAUAUAUCAUACCAAUUGUCGCACUCAAUGCAAAACUUCUAGUGGGAACCUUUUGUUUAUCCAAUUUCAAGAUCAACAGCAAUCAAACAAUUCAUUGAAGUUCCCCUCGAUUUGAUUUGACAUUUCACAUGCCGGUCCAGUUAGAAAGCGAAUGUCGAUAACUGAAGUUCUUUUCUGGUUCAGUUACCGAAUGAUUAUUGUACUAUUUUUUUCAAAGAUGUGAAUGUUCCUAUUGGAUGCCAUAAGAGAAAAGAAUGUAAAUUAAUUGUAUUGUGUUCAUUAAGCGUAUUUGCAAAUUCAGCUCAACACUUUUGAAUUUUUGAUUUUUUUUUUUGCAUUUGAAUUUUCUCGUCUAUCAUGGAUGCAUCUUAUCAUAGAAGCAUCUUUAUUUUUUAGCCUCAUGUUCCUUCGUUUCUUCUUCUGCUUCCCGCUUUUGUUUUGUAGCGAUUUCUUUCUCAUCGCUUUCAGUUUGCUUCGCUUCUAAGGACUCCACGUAUCUUGAAUGAACAUUGCACCCAUAAUGGAUGAGCAAUUUCGUUACGAUAAUGUUGACUCAAUGGAAUUGCGACUUAACUCCUUCUGCAUGUGUGAUGGCAUCGUACACGAUUCUCUGUGCCGCAAGACUUGCAUCGGUUUGGUUCACUAUCAAGCACUCUUCGUUGAUAGAAAAUCCUCUCUCCAAUGAUGCAUUGCCAUGCGAUAGAAUCAGAACUUUUUUCACAGACAAGGUGAAGUUUGGAAGCUCCUUCUUCGACUGAGCGAUAAGUUCCAUCCAAAAAUUGUUCUACAACUGAUUCGGAUUCCAUUUUCAGUCGUUCGAGCUUCAUAAUUUUCUCCAUAACAGCUCUUUAGGUCAUCGAAAAGGAAUGAACCAUCGAUGUCUCUGUCUGAUGUUCAUGCAAAAACGAUUUAACUGUCGAUGCUGUCGUAAAACAAAAAGUAAAUUUCGUUCCCAGCAGCCUAUCAUCCACAGCAUUGGCGACAAUCUCGUAUACCUUUGAUCGGAAAACUGGUGUAAAACUCCGUUUGAAGUUUGGAUGACUUUCCUUAAGCUUUUCCCCCCUUGUUUCCUUGCCUCGCUGACAAACCGUCUGAGGUGUGGUAGCACUUGAACUGCACGUCCCGCAACACGUUCAUUCUCCAUUCAGGGAACAUCACAAAGUAUCAACGGAAAUACAGUUGAACCCGUUACGGCCGUGUAAUCGGCUCUUCUCAGAGAAAUGUUUUUAAACAGACUGUACGAUGCUGUCAUUCAAAUUCCAUUCGGUUUUCAUCAGCUCUACAUUGGUAGAAUUAUGAAUGUAUACUUCCAAUGUUGAGAAUUCCGUACGAGUUUGAUGUAAGUUCUUGAGCCUCGCUUGUAAUAUCUGUAGUGCCAUCUGAGAUACCGUUGGAGCCCCUGUGUGACAUCCGAAGUGCAACACUUUUUGUCGCACACGAAAGUGCUUUAGGUUCCAUACGAAUGCGAAUCUAUUUGUUCAAAUUGAAUAUACAAUUGUUCUGCCUUACUAUAACCCUUUUGAUGGUCAGGACUAUAGACGAGAAUUCCAUGAUUGUUCCAAUUUCUAUAUGAGAAGAGAGCGUGUAGAAAAUAAACCAGUUCUUUUCAUCUCGAACAUUUACGCGUGUUAUUACAAUCGAUUUCCGAUCCCACGAAAGUCUCAAUUAAAAUAAUUGAAGCCACAUAUCCUUAAAAAAAAUUCUGUUUACUGCUGGGCCAUCCGUGAAACAUCGUAUUACUUUCAUCGACAGAGCAGGAUUUUUUUAAACACAUAUUCACGCUACUUAGAGGGUCGCUAAAACACAUACAGUAAUAUUUUAGAGCGCCAACAAAAAAAAACGCUGAGCAAAAAAAUCCCGACUUCGUGAAGCAAUUCCCGACUUUUUCCCGGUGGAUUUUGAUUCCUGACUUUUUCCCACAUUUCCAGCUUUUUGUAGCAUUGUAGCACACUAAUUAACCCUAAUUCCAAUUUAACACAAAACAUCCUGACCCUCAUUCUUUCCUCAUCCUCAAUUCCGCAUUCUUACUUAUUUCCCAUAACCACUUUCCGCAUACCAUAUCUAACAACAUAUACAUAAUCUCCACCUAACACUUUUCCGCUUUGUUAGUCAGCAACUCUUGGGAUUUCCUUACGGAAAUCCCCCAAACUGACUAAUUACGUAACCCCGACUGAACGCUAAUUAUGAUGCGCCAGCCUUUCCAAACUUCCCUGUAUACGACCUCGAACAACUAACAACAAUAACAUACCGCCCCGCUCGACGCUUGUUCUAAAGCCAUAAGCAACAAUAAUAAACAGGCAAAAAUAAAACACCCAAAUGUACACAGGUAAAGAAAACAUACGGUCAUGUGAACCUAGCUCGUAAGUUAGUUGGUAAGAGAAAUACAUUGUUGUGUCAGACAUCAACUAGUGCAUGUCUUCUUAAAUCCGAAAUCCGAAAACGUGACAUGCCUAACGAG